AUGCUGCGACCCCCGCCCGGCCAACAGCAAAACCAGCCACCUAGCGUUGGUGCUCACCCGCCAGUGACGACCCACAGCACCGGCGCCUCUCAACAUCAGACUCAGGCCCCUGCCCAGCCCCACCAGCACGCACUCGCGAACCAGCCCCCUCUCAACCGCAAGGGCAGCCGAUUCAACAGCACUCGUACGGUCCUGCAGCCCCCAGCCCACGCAACCGCUUUCUGCGUCCGCCAUCGGACAACCAAUGCCCCAGAACGCUAUCCCCAACGAGCCUCCUCCGCCGUACAAUCCCGUUGCCCUUCCCCCGCCCCCACGGCCGGGAGUCAACAUGCCCCCGCCGCCGCCUCUGCACCCGCCGCUGGCGCUGCUCGCCCCGUAUACCAUUACGGUCCUGCCAUCCCCGGGCAGCAAACGGGCAUCCCUGCGGCAUCCACGCCUUAUCAUGCCGGCCCCCGCGGGUCAGCAGCCCGGAAACCAACAACCGGGAGGGCAACCAGCCGGUCAACCGGGGCUCCGCAGCCCACGGGACAGCCAGCAGGCCAAGCGUCCUCGCCCUACGGAAAUCCUCAACCCUCUCCCUACGGCACCCCAUCCACUCCUUCCGCGCCAGGCACGCCGUACGGAGCCCCACCCCAGCCUCAAGGCGGCGCUUACAACGCUCCCGGCCAGGCACCUCAGGCAGCGGCCUCUGCCUAUGGACCUGGGCAGCCGACCUAUCCCAACAAGCCUUCAUUUGCGGGGCCACCGCCGGCCGCCGGGGGCGGUGGUUUUCUUAGCAACAAAACAAUGAAGAAGUUUGUGGGCCGGACCACCAACAUUCUCGAGCAGACCCUUACCCCCGUCAUAGCCGCUGGUCAUAAGUACGGUUCUCAGGUCCUUCCUGGCCACAAGCCGCCGGCACCUGGCCAGCCGGGACAGCCAGGACAGCCGGGUCAGCCGGGUCAGCCCGGAUAUGGUCAGCCGGGACAGCCUGGUUAUGGUCCGCCGGGACAGCCUACGUAUGGCCAGCCAGGACAGCCUACGUAUGGCCAGCCCGGACAGCCUACGUAUGGUCAGCCGGGCCAGCCUGUAUAUGGUCAACCUGGCCAGCCCGCCUAUGGGCAGCCUGGACAGCCAAUGUAUGGACAGCCCGCCUACGGGCAGCCGCAGUCCGGGUAUGGGCCGCAGGCCCUGGUCGUACGUCAUGACACCCCAUUUUAA